GCUUGUCUUAUGAUUGUUUUUAGCAGUCUAGGGUGAGGAGCCGUAGCAUUUGAUAAUUCUGGGGUUCCUGGACUUUGCGACAAGGGUCCUUAGAGCCUCUGUCUCCCAUGUUCCCAAGACUUCUCCCAGCCACUGGAUUGUCUUGUGGAUAACCAACUCAAGACCCCUUUUUCUUGGUACAGAGUCUUUGGCUGGCCCAGAGCAAGGAGAGCUGACUUGAGGCCCAGCUCUUCGGAUCCCCGUGGUUACGCUGCCUGCUCAUCUCUAUCAUGGCCCUCCACCCCCGCAGAGUUCGGCUGAAGCCCUGGCUGGUGGCCCAGGUGGAUAGUGGCCUGUACCCUGGGCUCAUCUGGCUACACAGGGACUCCAAACGCUUCCAGAUUCCCUGGAAACAUGCUACCCGGCAUAGCCCCCAACAAGAGGAGGAAAAUACCAUUUUCAAGGCCUGGGCGGUGGAGACAGGGAAGUACCAGGAAGGGGUGGAUGACCCUGACCCAGCUAAAUGGAAGGCGCAGCUCCGCUGUGCUCUCAACAAGAGCAGGGAAUUCAACCUGAUGUAUGAUGGCACCAAGGAAGUACCCAUGAACCCGGUGAAGAUCUACCAAGUGUGUGACAUCCCGCAGCCUCAGGGAUCAAUCAUUAACCCAGGAUCCACUGGAUCUGCUCCUUGGGAUGAGAAGGAUAAUGAUGUAGAUGAAGAAGAUGAAGAAGAUGAGCUUGAUCAGUCACAGCACCAUGUUCCCAUCCAGGACACCUUCCCCUUCCUGAACAUCAAUGGUUCUCCCAUGGCACCAGCCAGUGUGGGCAACUGCAGCCCUGAAGCAGUGUGGCCCAAAACUGAACCUCUGGAAAUAGAUGUACCCCAGGCACCUAUACAGCCCUUCUAUAGCUCUCCAGAGCUGUGGAUCAGCUCUCUCCCAAUGACUGACCUGGACAUCAAGUUUCAGUACCGUGGGAAGGAAUAUGGGCAGACCAUGACCGUGAGCAACCCCCAGGGCUGCCGGCUCUUCUAUGGGGACCUGGGUCCCAUGCCUGACCAAGAGGAGCUCUUUGGUCCUGUCAGCCUGGAACAAGUCAAGUUCCCAGGUCCAGAGCAUAUCACCAAUGAGAAGCAGAAGCUGUUCACCAGUAAGCUGCUAGACGUCAUGGACAGAGGACUGAUCCUGGAGGUCAGCGGUCAUGCCAUUUAUGCCAUCAGGCUGUGCCAGUGCAAGGUGUACUGGUCUGGGCCAUGUGCUCCAUCACUUGUUGCCCCCAACCUGAUUGAGAGACAAAAGAAGGUCAAACUAUUUUGCCUGGAAACGUUCCUUAGUGAUCUCAUUGCCCACCAGAAAGGACAGAUAGAGAAGCAGCCACCAUUUGAGAUCUACUUAUGCUUUGGGGAAGAAUGGCCAGAUGGGAAACCCCUGGAAAGAAAACUCAUCUUGGUUCAGGUCAUUCCAGUGGUAGCUCGGAUGAUCUACGAGAUGUUUUCUGGUGAUUUUACGCGGUCCUUUGACAGUGGCAGUGUCCGCCUGCAAAUCUCAACUCCAGACAUCAAAGAUAACAUCGUUGCUCAACUGAAGCAGCUGUACCGCAUCCUCCAAACCCAGGAAAGCUGGCAGCCCAUGCAGCCCACCCCCAGCAUGCAACUACCCCCUGCCCUGCCAGCCCAGUAAUCAUGAAUGCCAUCUUUUUUUACAAAUUGUACAUAUUGGUAUUUUUUAUUACUCAGAUUUAACCAGCUUUUAAACAACUUCUUUCUGUUAGUGGCCUCCAAUUCUCCACAUAUGCCUGGCUUUUAAAGUUGAUUUAAUUUAUGGAAAAAUCACCCUUCUUAUUCCAAUACCCUUUCUUUUUUAAACCUCGCAAUGUUAGUAUAAUGUAGUAGAGGGAGAUUUGGCCUGGGACUUUGGACAGCAGCGUUCUAGCUGCAGCUUUGCUUCAGUGGUGUGACCUUGAACCACCAAGUCAUUUAAUCUCUAGGCUUCAGAUUCAUUAAUGUAAAAUGAAGGGGUUGGAAUAAUGCCUGAAAUAAUGCCAGUUAAAACUCUGACCUGAUGACUUCAUUCUACUUGUACAAGGCAGAACUGCCUGGAACAGAACCCUUCUGCAUUGUUCUUGCACCACAUUUUUUUCUUGCUUUCAUUAAAGUUCCCUCAAGCACUGA